UUCACCUCCCGCCAGCCGGGGCUUGUGCUUUGCACCCCGCGGCGGCUGAGAGUCGUGGCGGCUGCAGAACCGGCAGCGCAGGCGGACGGAGCAGAGCUGCCCGGCCCGGUGACGGGCGAUGCCCCCGUAAGCUUCUCUCGCCGCCCCUCCCCGCCCCGCGCCCCUACCUCAUUGGAGUCCACCGCCCGCCCGGGACCGGGCCGCGCCUACCACCGGGUCCGCGGGGCGGGGUCCAGGGGCAGCACCUGCCCCGCCUUGCAGAGCCGCCUCGGUCAACGGAGACCCCUCCCUAUCUGGCCCCUGGCCCCACCCCAGAGUCUUAUCACAUCACCUCCUCCUGGGAGCUACCCUGAUUGCCUUCACAUCCUUUCUUGGAAACUGGUGUUUCAGAAGUUAACAGAAGCCUGUGUCAAUGCCCUAGGGGAGUGCGGUUGGGAGGGGCACAGCCCCCUGUGAUGCGGAGCACCACGCGCAGAUUCAUCAGUUCGGUGAGUUUGGGCUUUCUUCAAGGCACUUGCACGCGCACUGAUUCAAUCCCUACAACACUCCCAUGAGAGUCAUCUGAGGCCCUGCCGCCCCUUCGGACCAUGUUUAACGCGGAGCCAGGCCCUGCCUCGGCCGCAGGCGCCAGGAACGUGGUUCGGAGCUCCAGCAUCAGCGGGGAAAUCUGCGGAUCUCAGCAGGCGGGGUGCGGGGCCGGGACCACCACAGCCAAGAAGCGGCGCAGCAGCCUGGGCGCCAAGAUGGUGGCCAUCGUGGGCCUGACCCAGUGGAGCAAGAGCGCACUGCAGCUCCCGCAGCCUGAAGGGGCCACCAAGAAGCUGCGCAGCAACAUCCGGCGCAGCACAGAGACCGGCAUCGCCGUGGAGAUGCGGAGUCGGGUCACGCGCCAGGGCAGCCGGGAGUCCACUGACGGGAGCACCAACAGCAACAGCUCGGACGGCACGUUCAUCUUCCCUACCACCCGGCUCGGGGCCGAGAGCCAGUUCAGCGAUUUCCUGGACGGGCUGGGACCAGCCCAGAUUGUGGGGCGACAGACACUGGCAACUCCACCAAUGGGGGACGUGCAUGUUGCUAUCAUGGACCGGAGUGGCCAGCUGGAGGUGGAAGUGAUCGAGGCUCGGGGCCUGACCCCCAAACCUGGUUCCAAAUCCCUCCCAGCCACCUAUAUCAAGGUUUACCUGCUUGAGAAUGGGGCCUGCUUGGCCAAGAAGAAGACAAAGGUGGCCAAGAAGACCUGUGACCCCCGGUACCAGCAGGCUCUGCUCUUUGACGAGGGGCCGCAGGGCAAGGUGCUGCAGGUGAUCGUCUGGGGAGACUACGGCCGCAUGGACCACAAGUGCUUCAUGGGCAUGGCCCAGAUCAUGCUGGACGAGCUGGACCUGAGUGCCGCCGUCACCGGCUGGUACAAACUCUUCCCCACGUCCUCCGUGGCAGACUCCACACUCGGCUCCCUCACCAGGCGCCUCUCCCAGUCCUCCCUGGAGAGUGCCACCAGCCCCUCGUGCUCCUAAGGACCUCGGGAAGAGGCUGGGGUGCGGUGUGGGAAGGGGUGCCUGCUGGCGCCCCUCCUCCUCCCCUGUACAUAGUCUCACGUCUUUCUGGCCCCUCGCCCUGCUGCAUGCCCGUUGGCUGCUGGGCACGUCCCAGCUGGCAGUGGAGAGUGUAGUCUGUGUGUGUGUGUGUGAGAGUGUGUGUGUGUGUGCGUGUCCGUGUGUGACCAUGUUUUAUCCGUUCACUUGUCUGGGUAGAGUCAGUCUUGGUGACCACAUGGGCUGAAAUCCGUGUCCCUCUGUGUCUUGUUGAAAAGAAACCUACGUGAGUGUUGUGUGGACAUGACUGCCCCUCAGGCCAUGGAUGGAAGAGGGGGACGCGGCCCUGCCUGGUCCUGCGCCGGGGCAGAGCCCGCCUGUGCCUCUUGGUGGUCCCUGCUGAGUUUCCUGUCUUGUUCUUUGUUCCGCCUUUGCCUCUCCCAGCACUGCUGCUUUUUUUGAGGAAUGUAGCAUCCACUGCAGCUGGCCACCUCGAGGCCCCUCUGGGAACCAUGAUGCCCCUCCUCCCACCCAGCGCUCUGGCAGCUUUCCCCACCGAGUGCCCCUGCAGCAUGAGGCAUGCCCAUCUAGUGCCCUGGCCAGGGCCCGGGGAGCAAAGAUGCCCGGGGAGCUGAGGGCUUGGGGACCGCUUCCUCCCUUGAACUGGAGCCACCUCCUUCCUACAAGCAAAACAGGAGGAGGUCUUAGUUCCCAGGGUUGCUGGCCAGAUACCUUAGAGGGAAGUUCCGCUACCUCCCUUAGCACUGCCCCUCACCUCUUACCUCCCUCCACGCCAGCUCACCUCUGACAUGCCAAAGGAGCCCUCCCAGUGGACCCCCAGAGGUGUGGGCGGAGCGUCUUGGCAUCCAGGAGGCAGCCCUCAGAGGGGAUGUAAUCUGCCAAAGCAGACAGUCCUCCCCAGGCUGUGAGGGUGGCCCUGUCCCCAGCAGGGCUCCUCCAGGUGGAGGGGGGCU